AUGAUUGGAAACAACAGGAAUGUGAAGGAUUUUGAAAACUUUAAAGAUCCCACUUCCCCCCACUUUAAAGAUGGGGGGAAGCAGGUGGGGGGAGGCAGGUGGGGGGAGGCAGAUGGGGGGAGGCAGGUGGGGGGAAGCAGGUGGGGGGAGGCAGGUGGGGGGAAGCAGGUGGGGGGAGGCAGGUGGGGGGAAGCAGGUGGGGGGAAGCAGGUGGGGGGAGGCAGAUGGGGGGAGGCAGGUGGGGGGAGGCAGGUGGGGGGAAGCAGGUGGGGGGAGCAGGUGGGGGGAAGCAGGUGGGGGGAGGCAGAGCAGGUGGGGGGAAGCAGGUGGGGGGAAGCAGGUGGGGGGAGGCAGGAUGGGGGGAGGCAGGUGGGGGGAGGCAGUGGGGGAGGCAGGUGGGGGGAGGCAGGUGGGGGGAGGCAGGUGGGGGAAGCAGGUGGGGGGAAGCAGGUGGGGGGAGGCAGGUGGGGGGAGGCAGGUGGGGGGAGGCAGAUGGGGGGAGGCAGGUGGGGGGAGGCAGGUAGGGGGAGGCAGGUGGGGGGAGGCAGGUGGGGGGAAGCAGGUGGGGGGAAGCAGGUGGGGGGAAGCAGGUGGGGGGAGGCAGGUGGGGGGAGGCAGGUGGGGGGGCAGGUUAGGAGGCUUUGUUAUCACACAUGA